AUGCCGCCAGCGCCGCGCAUCCCACUAACGCUGAUCGUGGCCGCCACGCCGUCGCUGGGCAUCGGCCGCGCCGGCGCCCUGCCCUGGCCAAUGCUGAAGAAAGAAAUGGCCUACUUUGCGCGCGUCACCAAGCGCGUGCCGCAAACGAACGACGCCUCCCCACCCGCCGCGCGCAACGUCGUCAUCAUGGGCCGCAAGACAUGGGAGAGCAUCCCGCCGCGCUUCCGCCCGCUCAAGGACCGCUUGAACGUCGUUAUUACGCGCACGCCCUCAAAGCUCGACAUCACCACCUCAAAUACCACCUCAAAUACCACCUCAAAUACCACCACCUCCACCGACACCACCACCACACCCACCCCACCCACGACCAUAACAGCGCCCUCGCUGACCCACGCACUGCACACGCUCCACACUUACGCGCAAACUGCCGCGCCCCUCGGCCGCGUCUACGUCAUCGGCGGCGCGGCCAUCUACCGCGCAGCGCUGGAGGAGGCGCCGCUAUGCGUAAGACACGUCCUGCUGACCAAGGUGUGGGGCGAGUUUGAGUGCGAUACUUUUCUGGGGGUGGAUGUGGAGGCGGGUGGGCGGGGAGGAGAGGAAGGAGAGGAAGGGAAGGAGUGGGUGCGGAAGGGGAAUAAAGAGCUAAGCGAGUUUGUGGGCGAGGUGGUGCCUGAAGGACGGGUGGAGGAGGGGGGGACCGAGUUUGAGUUUUGUUUGUUUGAGAGGGUGCGUGCGUGA